AUGUUCAACAAGAUCUUCACACACCAUGUGUGCCUCUCGACUCAACUACCCCUCACCAUUUCGCUCGCCGUCCACCCCUUCCCUCCCCUCACAGCCCGUGGCUUCAUAAUCUCGGAUAACACGUUUGCAGCACCUGGAGCCAACCGAUUCUCUCGAUAUGUGAGCACGGACUACCACUGGGAUGAUGGCAAGGAGUCAUGGGCCAACGGGCCUUCAAAUGGGAAUUCUUUCGACCCCCAUUGCGUACCUCACAUCUCUCAUCUCUUCUUUUCAGCUGCAUGCUGGGCGUAUGCGGUGGUGGCGAGUGUGGAGGCUGCAUACGGCAUCGCAAGGAAUCAAGCCGCUCCCCAGCUGUCAGUGGAAUCUCUUUUUGCAGCCAUGGGGCUCACCAACGCAGACAAGUGCACGGCUGGAGGCUCCCCCACUGCGGCCUUUGAAAAGCUCGUCACUCUUAAAAGCAGUGGACUCACAGGAGCCAGUGACCCGGCUAAAAGAUAUCCGGUGCAAGCAUUUGAGCGAGCGCACUUCAAGGGGUACUUCGGGCUCAUGCUGGCAGUGCGGUACCAGCCAGUGGUGGUUCACAUCGAGGCCGCUGACUCGUUCUGCGAGUAUGAUGGGGAUCCUUCUUGCUACAGUGGCAAUCUGAACCAUGUCGUACUCGUCAUUGGCUACUUCAUCAAUAGAGAUGAUGGCAGCCAAAAUCGCAUUGCUCCUCCGUUUUGGAUCAUCCGCAACUCGUGGGGAGUUACGUGGGGUGACGGGGGCCACAUGUGCAUGGGCAUUGAGGGGGAGGAUGGCGUCUGCGGCAUCAACGUGUUGCCUGGCAUCUACCCCAUCAUCAAGAGUGAGUCACCUACCCCUUUGGAAAGAGUGAGGCGACUGUGGCCACAUGCACAUGGGCGAUAA